GCUGCUGCUGCUAGCCGAGCACGGGUCACCGCGCGGGGGGAUGGGGAGCAGCGGCCGCUCUCCGCUCUCACGGCUCAUCGACACCUUUCCCAGGUGUCCAGGUGUACGGCGGACUCUGGCUGACUGACCGCAGGUGGCUGUGACAUGCUACCCGUUAGCCGCUACCAGCUAAGUGUUGCCAGAUGCUAACUUGUGUUAGCUUCAGGAGAACAACAUCUCACUGGCUCGCAUGCAGCUGACUUGUUCGGGGAUGUCGGGCAGUAAGUCGCUGAGCGGGGGUGCUGGCGGGGGUGCGAGGCGACGGCGAACACGUUGCCGGCGCUGCCAGGCCUGCAAGAGGACAGAGUGUGGAGAGUGUCACUUCUGUAAGGACAUGAAGAAGUUCGGAGGCCCUGGCCGGAUGAAGCAGUCCUGCCUCCAGAGACAGUGCACAGCGCCUGUCUUGCCCCACACGGCGGUGUGCUUUGCCUGCGGUGAGGCCGGUAAGGAGGACACGGUGGACUCUGAGGAGGAGAAGUUCAGCCUCUCUCUGAUGGAGUGCACCAUCUGUAACGAGAUCAUCCACCCAAGCUGCCUGAAGAUGGGGAAAGCUGAAGGAAUCAUCAACGAUGAAAUCCCAAACUGCUGGGAGUGUCCAAAGUGCCACAAGGAGGGCAAAACCAGCAAGGACCAGGCGGACGGCUUUGGAAAGCGGCGGCUGGAUAACGGGGAGGUGGGCCGCUGGAAGCUGACGGAUGACCCUCCCCCGAAGAAGAAAGCCCCUCCCUCCCUGGAGGAGGGGGGGAGGGCAGAGGGGGGGCACAAGAGGAAGAAGGAGAAGGAGCUUCCUCAAGACAGCGGGCCCAAGAAGAAGAUGAAGGGCGUCCAUGAAAAACGCCUAAAAAAGAAACCCAAACAGGAGGCGGAGUCCAACGGCCCCUCCUCCUCGGUGGGAGGAGCAUCAGGCCUCCAGGGCUGCUCCUCCUCCCAGCCUGGAGGCGGUGUGGGGGGCCCGUCCAGUGCAGACCAGCGCUCCCACCACCGAGAGAAGCUGGAGCGCUUCAAGAGGAUGUGUCUGCUGGAACGCCGGCCCGAGUCCUCCUCCUCCUCCUCCAGCUCCGAGUCCGACUCAGAGUCCGACUCCGACGACUCCCUCCGGGGGGACCGGGCAGGUGGCUCCUCGCCCUCGUCCUCCUCCCCAGCCCCGCCUCCUCCCGGGCGGGGGGCGGACCGAGAGAGGAGUCGCUGCGAGCGGGAGAGGGAGCGGCGACUGGCCGAGCUGGGCUUCAGCGCCAGCGAGGAGUCGGAGGGGGAGGGCGUGAUGGAGUCGGAGGAAUCGGAGGAGUCAGAGGAUGAUGAUGAUGAGGAGGAGGAUGACGAGGAGGAAGAAGAGGAGGAGGAGGAAGAUGAAGAAGAAGAAGAAGGGGAGGAGCUGCAGCAGCAGGAGGAGGAGCCGGGGGAGAAGGCUCGACGGAGAGUGGGGGGGGGAGGAGAGGUGGGGCUACCACCGCGAGGACGUAAAGGAGGACUGCUGGAUGCAGAAAAGGAGGACACGCCCCCCUCUGACAGGACCAGGAAGAGCUCCGCCUCCCUGCCCCCGCCAUCGCCCCUCUCCUCCAAUCAGAUGCCGCCGUCCUUGCAGCACGACGGCUUCACCGGGAAACAGCGCAGCAACGGACAGGAGUCACGCAACGGGCGGACACGAGGGGGGGCGGGGGGCGGGCGGGAGGGGGGGGAGAAGGAGAAUGCGAGUGGCGUUCUGACCAAUCACAGACAUGGGGGUGGGUCCAAAGGCAGCGGGAGCCGAGGGAGCAAAAUACGCAGCAAGAACCAGACGUCCAGAAACAGCUCCUCCUCCAACGGAGGGGUGGGGGGGGGCAGCCUGGCAAUGGCGGCGUCCCCCUGCUCACAGCUGUCCCGCCUCGCGCCGCGUUCUCAGAUGAUGAAGCGCAGCCCGCCCGCCGUCCCCUCGCCCCCCCGGCCUGUGCAGAUGGAGAGGCACCUGGUGCGCCCCCCCCCCACCUGCCCCGAGCCCAGUUGCCUGCCACUGGACACUGGCUCCGCCCACAUCAUGACGCGGGAUGUGUGGCUCAGAGUCUUCACCCACCUGAGCCAGAGGGAGCUGUGUGUCUGCAUGAGGGUGUGUCGCACCUGGAGCCGCUGGUGUUGUGAUAAGCGGUUGUGGACUCAGAUCGACCUGAGCCGGCAGCGGUCCAUCACCCCCCCCAUGCUGAGUGGUAUCAUCCGCCGGCAGCCCGUCUCCCUGAAUCUGGGUUCUACCAACAUCUCCAAGAAACAGUUAAUGUGGCUCAUCAACCGCCUCCCAGGUUUGCUGGAGCUGAAUGUCUCUGGGUGUCCGUGGCCGGCGGUCUCCGCUCUGUGUCAGGCGGUCUGUCCCUGUCUGAAGGUGCUGGACCUCAGUAGAGUGGAGGACCUCAAAGACUCACACCUGAGGGAGCUGCUGGCCCCCCCACCUGACACCAGGACAGCUCACGGUGAGACCAGAGUGGGGCGUUUCCAGAAUGUGACGGAGCUCCGAUUGGCCGGUUUGGACCUGACGGACGCGUCGUCCCGCCUGCUGGCGCGUUAUGUGCCUCACCUGAGCAGGUUGGACCUGAGCCAGUGUGGAAACAUCAGCGACCAGACGGUGCACACCCUCACCUCGUCCAUCUCCCCCCUGAGGGACAGCCUCACCCACAUCAACCUGGCAGGCUGUGUGAAGGUGACGGAGGUGUGUGUGUCGUUGCUGCGUCGCUGCUCCGGCCUGCAGACCGUGGACCUUCGCUGCUGCUCCCUCCUCUCCUGUGAGACGGGUCAGCUGCUCUCCUUCCCUCCACAUGCCGUCUCCUCUUCCUCCUCUUCCUCCACCAUGGCUGCUGCUUCGUCGUCCUCCUCCUGUCCUCCUGAAGACAGAACGCUGCUAAAGAACAGUUAAAGUUCUCCUCGUAUCAUGUGACACUCCAGUCAUUGGCCUACAAGCCCGCCUCCCUCCUCGGGAGGAGGAGGAGGAGGAGGAGGAGGAGGAGGAGGAGGUGAUAGUAAAAAAUAGAAACCCUGAGCAUGUACAUAUUUGUUCUCUGUACAAUUUUGGGUGUAUGUAUGUAUAUAUAUGUGUGUGUGUGUGUAUAUAUAUAUAUAUAUAUAUAUAUAUAUAUAUAUAUAUAUAUAUAUAUAUAUAUAUAUAUAUAUAUAUAUAAUGUGUAGUUUACUGUAAAUGACCCUUGACCUUUGAAACAUCAUGCCUUCCCUUGACCUAUGAACAUGCCAGUCAUCCACUUGCUCGUCACACACACACUUUAUAAGGACGGUCUGACAUUUGUCUCGCUUAGUUUCCCUCUGCUUCUGGUCUUUGUGCUAAGCUAGGCUAAACACUUCAGUGUAUCUAGUCAUUGUGCCCUAAUAUGUUAACUUGCAGUUCUACACUGACUCACGACAUGUUUUAAUGAACAAUAAAGUUCAUUCAAAACGAGACAACCUGAACAAAGAUGGUGAUUGUUUUGAUAAUCAAUGAACUGAUUAGUCCAUUAAAACCCAGAGACACAAAGCUGGCUGUCAUUAGAGACUCAGCUGCUAAGCUAGGCUAGCAGUGUCCCUCUGCUCCCACUCUUUGUGCUAAGCUAGGCUAGCAGUGUCCCUCUGUUCCCACUCUUUGUGCUAAGCUAGGCUAGCAGUGUCCCUCUGUUCCCACUCUCUGUGCUAAGCUAGGCUAGCAGUGUCCCUCUGCUCCCAUUCUUUGUGCUAAGCUAGGCUUACCGUGCGUGUGUGAGGGAGGGAGAGAUAUCUAUCUCUCUCUCUCUCUCUCCCUGGUUGGCCUUCCCUGUUCAUCAUCUUCAUGACGCCUGUGAUCAGGUUCUUUUGGGAAGUUAUUGAUCGUGUUUUCUCAGGAGUUUGUUCUUAAUUUAUUUUGUGCCUCCAUAACUCACAUUCCUGCUUGUCUUCCUCCCGAUGAAGACGUUCAGAUGACGUUUGGGUUGAUUCAGUUUCUGCUCCAUAAGAUGGAAUAAAAGGAAACAUCCAAUGAGAUAUUAGUUAUUAGCUUUGAGACUCACGUUCUUAUAAUAUAUGUGUGUGUGUAUAUAUAAAUAUAUAUAUAUAUAUAUUUAUAUAUUAUUCUCUUCAUGUUUCAUAAUGUAAUUUCUAAUGAAGCAGCCCAAACACAUCGUGGACUAUAAAUGUUUUGUCAGCGUAGAGUUGUACUGGCUAGCAUGUUAACUUCAUAUUAGCUGUUGCGUUAGCUCUGCUGCACUUUUCUCCCAAAAACUGAACAAACAACACGUGAAACAGAAUUUAGACUAGGUUGAGUCACCGGCUAGCAAACAUUAGCCGGCAAGCUAAUUAUGAUUUAGCUCUAAUGCUAAUUAAAUUGAAUAAGCUAACUUAUUUCAGAGCUACAAGUUAAUUAGCUCAUUGGUUGGUUUAGAUAAGCCAAUACUGACUUGCUACAUGUUAGCAUCAUGUUAGCAUGUUAAUGUUAUUGUUCAACUCUGCAAUAAGUAAACAUCAAAUUUGAAUUGUCUGAAAAAAGCAAGAACUAUGUCUUCAGCUAGCAAUCAUUAGCUAACACUAGCUAGCUCAUUAAGAUGAAGUUCUCGUGGUUCAUCCAAUGUUAGACCUUUUCUUUUAAUUCGCUCAUUGAUUAGCUUGUUAGUAAGCUGGGGAAACAAGCUAACACCCCCUAGCACCAUCUGGGACAUUGUGCUAACAUUCUCUUGUUCAUUAGCUAAUACUGUCUCGCUACAUGUUAGCUUCAUAGCUAGUUAACAGGCUAAACCAUUUGAAUAAUCAAUAUUUAUUUGUUGCUGGUCAGAAACAAACGAUAUUUUGAUUAAAUGUUUUUUUAUUAAAAGUGCAGUGGAGGUAAAACAGCUCGCUGGUUGUCCAUGAAACAAAAAGUAUUAGUUUAAUAUUAAAUUGCCAUAAACGCUGUGUUGUGCCAUCAACACACCAGAGUUUAAAAGGUCUGCUUUUAUGUUUUUUGUAUUCUGUUUGUGAUUUACUAGGUUUUUAUUGUAACUUGAGGAUCAAUGAUUCAUAGCGCAGCUUCAAACUUCACCUAGCAACAAGUGAGGAGAUCAAAUCUGAUUGCACGACAAAUCCUGACAGCUCUCAUCCAAUCAGAUGCCCAGACACGUCUCACCUCUGUUCUGACUGUCUUCUUCAUGGAUGUUUUAAAGAUGCACUGGAUCACCUUCAUCUUCAUCAUCACCUUUUGCCAAAUGUAGUUUUUGUUGUGGAAAAGAGGCAUUUUAUCUUGUUUAUUUUUGUAAUACUUUGUCAUGACUCUUCUGUUGUGUUGAUAAAAAAUGAGGAAGACGUUGGAACAAAAAGUAAAGUCAGAAAAAGAGCAACUCAAGGCAGCUACGUACGAGAGACUACUGUAAGAUGAAACUAAUAAAGAAGCAAUGGCUUUUUA